AUGACUAACACGAUAUUUGAUAAAGUUAAAAUCCAGUUUGAACAAUUUCUUACAUCUGUCAAUCGUGUUCUCGCAAAUGACAAAGACAUUCACAUUCUCGAAAAUAAACUCCGUCGUCAUUUUAACUCAGCAUUCUCAUCCUACUUAUGUUCACCAGACUUUCAAUCACAACUCGAUCGUCUCCAAGACGUGUUCAAUCAAAAUGAUAGAUCUACAAGAUAUUUCAAAUUACUAAACUCACUCGAUCAACAACUAAAGAAACAUACUAUCAAGCCCAAAGAAUCUGUUCAAACAUCGGCAGCGUCAUCAAGUUCUGUCGAAACAAGAGUAUCAUCAAGUACAAAAACGAUGAUCGUCUCGCCAACAUCUUCCACAGAAACUACUGUACACCUAUCGUCGUUGACGUCUGAAGAACAAACAGUUGAACAACUUUUGAGAUCUUGCAAUGAUGUAUUUACAAUAUUUGAUGAAAGUCGACCGUUAAGUAAAAGUGUCGAAAGAAGAACGACAACUGAACAACGAAUUACGAAUGAAAUGGUACUGCAAAGAAAGAAAAAGAUUAAUAAAUUAGAACGACGAUUGAGUCGUCUAUCAAGACUAAUACGACGAUUAGAGAAGACAGAUAUGUCGUUAGAUGAAAUGGAAAACUGCGAUUUAUACGAAGUCGAGUCCAAACUGAAAAAACAAGCAUAUGAAAUUUAUCUUAAAAUCAGCCAUUUGAAGAAUGAAGUGUCGUCUACGAAAAGAGUUCUUGAGCAAUCCAUCACACUUACAGAGACCGAUUUCGAGUAUCCAAUUAUAGAGAAAGCUGUGGAAGAGAUGGUUAAUCAAACAAAAUACCUACCGGCAUUUCAUGAUGUUCUUGCAACAGUAGAUAAAGCGAAUGAUAGAUUUAAAUUAAAUCUUAGCAUGGAGAAACGAAAAAGUCUCGCAGAACAAUUGUUCAAGUUGAUUGGUAGAAAAGUAAAAAAUCGCCGUAUGGCAGAUUUCAAUGAUAUCAUGAACAGUCGUCUCCCCGAAGACUUUGAUAUUGAACAGAGUGAUCCCGCAUUGAACAGUAGUGAACUUGAAAAUACGUUGAUUGAAAAUGAACGUGAAGCUGCGACUAAAACAGAAAAAAUCUUCGAAGAGUUUUCUCAAAUUGAUACUCAAUUAGAACCCGAAGAGAGUAUUGAAAGUGAUGCAGACGAAGAUGAUGAAGUCGAACUUACCGUUGAGUCGGUGAACGAUCAAUUCGACGAUUAUUACUAUGAUUAUACUGACAUUCUUCCAUCUUUUUCACCUCAAUCUACAUCUCAUGUGCAACAACAACCUUCCAUCGAUGAUGAUUCCACAAAACUUAUAGAUAAUAAUCUAUUUGAUGCUUUACCAACUUCUACAACAGAAUCAAAUACUUAUAUCACUUUGGAUUCACAAAAUACUCAAGAAUCUCAAUCUGUCACAACAACUGAAGAACAUAAAGUUCAAAUACUGAUACCACGACGGCAAGUACAACGAACACUGCAUGAUUAUUAUCAACGGGACACAGUGAACAAUAAUUCAUCUAGUGUACCGAAACGAUCCACUUCGAAUGAUACACAGUCAUCAAAUUCAAAAAAAAUCAAAGACUCUCACGAGAUUAUUUUGCUAGAUUGA